GGGGGCGGAGGGGCGAGGCCGAGUCUGGGCAGCAGACAGAGCCGCGGGGCCAGGUGAAGCCACCACCCCCCACUCCCAGGCAGGGCCUGAGCGCCAUGGAGGGACUCGUCGUGGUCCUGUGGGCGUCCCUGUUGCUGGCUGGGGCGAUGGACCAUGUGACAGUGAACCGCGCGACGACGCCAGCCCAGAACCUGAGCUGCUUCCAGUGUUUCAAGGUAUCCGUCCCAGGCCACUGCUUGCCCACGCCCUGCGCCGCUGCUGACCGUGUGUGCGUAUCCCAUGAGGUGUUCUUCCAGGCGGAGUCCAGGGUGAGCGUCACCCUCAGCAAGCGCUGUGCUCCCCGGUGCCCCAGCAGCAGCCGGGUGUUUGUGUGGUCGCUGGGCCCGCAGGUGCAGGGCAGGAUCUCCAGGCACUGCUGCUCCAAGAACCUCUGCAACAGGGCUCCCGCCGCAGGGCAGGGGCUCGGGGCCCAGCCGGGGGUGCUCCUGCUCCGUGUGGGCCUCAGCCUCCUGCUCGUGGCCCUGCUGGCCCACCCAGUGCCCCUUCCUCCAGCCACUGUCCUGCCCCACGCCUCUCACCCCUCAGCUUUGCCUGAAGGGUCACAGAAAGAGUCGCACCAGGGUCCCCCUCCAAGCGCACUGGGACCACCGCCCUCCCUCCCCCCAUAGACGAACCCCUUGUUGCCCCACCACCCUGCCCCACAGCCCUGGGCCCCCCAGCUCUCAGCACAGGCCUCUGCCACUGGAGCUGCCAGCUAUGGACAGAGCCAGCCAGCAGGGCCAUAGCCACACUGAACACAGGGGCCGGCCUCCUGGCCCGGGACACACUAGCCAAGCUGGACCCAGCAGCCCCUUGGGAGAUCCAGGAUGACCCUGGCCUUGGCACCCCUGUUCCCAGGAGACCCCUGGAGAGCCCAAGACCUCCACGCCAUCACCACAGCCACCAGCAGCUGAGCCGGACCCCUCCCUUCCACCUAGAGUUGGGAAUUUUGUGAAUUCAACCCCGUCCUCCCCCGUGUGGUCAGGCAGGGUGGCCACCGUCCACUGCUUCCCUCUCCCCAGGGUGGGGUCCCUGCUGGCCUGGGGCAGCCAGCAAGGCCAGCACCAAGGGCACAGGGGCUGGUGAGGGAAGGAGCAGCUGGGGGUGGGCCGGGUGCCUUCUAGGGGCCCCACCGCCUCUGUGUCAGCCCCUGUGCCCAUUGGAGUGGGGACCCCGUUCCUCUCUGAGCAGGGACCAGGAUUCCAGGACACCCCCCCCCUGUGCCCACAAAGUCCCCGCUGGAAAUCAGAGACGGUGCUGGCCACAUGGGCUCCGAGAGACCAGUGAAGCAGAGACGAAGCGAGUGAGGGAGUCGUGGGCAGUGACCGCCUGCCUCUCCGGGGAGCGGUGCCAAAGGGCUGGAGCCUGCCCCCUGCUGCCUGGGACAGUCUCUCUUGGUCACCUGGCCCGCAGACACUGGGGCAAGCAGGGGAGGUGGAGGAGCACAGGGUAACCGGCCAAGUCCAGCUCUUUCAGCUGCCGGGACCCAGAGUUUCCUGUACCCACCUUUCCAGCCGGUCACCGCCCGCUCACGCGCUGGGCAGGGCCGGGAGCGCAGGGCUCCUGCGUCCUGCAGGCGUCUUCUGUGUCCCCUUCCCCUCCCCCACCACUGCGUCCACAGCUUUGCCUCUCUGCAUGCCCGGGGUGGACUCGGGGUCCCACCCAGUGGUGCACGUGCAGGGUCCCUCCAUGUCGGGUGCAUCUGUCUGUGCACCCCCAGGCUGGUUUCCAUGGGUUUGCUCCCCAGGGGUCUCUGGGUGGCGGGGUUGGGAGGUGGCAGAGCCUGUCCUGGGGGGUGCCUAGAGCGAGGCGAGGGGGUUCUCUGGGGACCUGUUAGUUCCCACGAGAGAUGUUCAUGGGGGGACAGCGAGACCAGCCCCUUCCCGCUCCCUGGACUCCUUCCUCACUGCUGUGACUGCUCCCUGUCAUGACGGCUCCCGCCAUGCGACACGCUGAGCGGGCCCUCCCCAGGCCCUAGGAGACGUGGGGGCCGUGCUCCUGAACCCCCAAAGCUAUGAGCCAAAUCAGCUGUUUUCUGUAUGCCUGGCGCAGCCCCAGCCCCACCCACGGGAGGCCCCGUAACAGGAGGUGGGGUGGAGCGUGAGCCAGCUGCUUUCUGAUUCCCGGGCCGCGGGAGCCCCUGCCUGGAUGGGUGUCUGGGGCCGUUCUCCCAGUCCCGUGCCAUCUCGUUCGCAGCCCAGAAGUGCGGAAUAAAGUCCUUCUUCAUGGUGACGUUGUCCACAUCUCGAAAGCCUCGGCGUCGAACCAGGCCACACAGGAGCCCAGGUCCGCCGGGCCUCCUCCAGGACCGUCGCGGUUUUGCACUUUAAUCUGGGCCCCUGGCCCUCUGCAGUCGCUUUCGGCGGAUAUGGAGGUGUG